AGGAAUCAUCACCUUUUCUCCGGCCCUCCACCCACCCCUCGCUUCGGCUCCCCGCCUGCCGACUUCCCUCGCCGGGGCAUCCUGAGCUCAGAUCAGCCGAGCAUUCACCGCGCUCCUAAAUUGGUUUGUCAUUUCUGACCCCUCUCCCUCUCUCUCUCUCUGCGUGCUGAACACGGUCCUCUGCUCCGCUGCGCUCUGGACUUCAGCAGAAGUCAGUAAGAACAUAAAGGCAGCCCAGAGAGACAUAAAGAGGGAGACAAGGAGAGAGGGAGAGGGAGGGGAGGACGGGAUACAGACAGACGGAUCGAGAGGGAGAGAGAGAUACGCCUCUGUCCUCCUCCAGCUCUCCGCUGGGCUCGUGCGUUUGGACGCUCCCUCCUCCCGUGUGAGCGCGGCUGAUCGGGAUAAUAAGCACGCAGCUGUUUUCAUCCCUUCUUUCAGGAGGACUCGUGCACGUCCUUAUUAUUCGCUUUUAUUUUGUGCAGCAGCAAGAAUUAACCAGAGAGUCGGAGUGAAUUAUUUGCGCGAAAGAGCAACGAAAAAAGGCUAUCCCCGACCCCAUCCUGCGCGGGAUGCAUACGCUGCCGUCUCACUGGUGACACGGUCUAGGACAUCCAGCUGCCUCUGAGAUGUGACUCUGCCGUUUGAUUUCACUUCGACAAAAGAAAAUAUACAAAAGGCCUGUAUGGUGUCGAGAAGAUUGAGCUGUGGGAGAAACACCUUGGCACACGAGCGUCUGGGCUCAGCAGGAAGUACCUCCACCUCCACCUCCAGGUCAAACUCGGACGUCAUGUGGGUCCGAUGCCUGCUCUUCAUCUCAACCAUUCUUGCUCCCGUUGCCAUCGUGUAUGGCCGUGCUCCUAUCCCCAUGGCGGUGGUACGCAGGGAGCUGUCCUGUGAGUCCUACCCCAUUGAGCUACGCUGCCCCGGCACCGAUGUCAUCAUGAUUGAAAGUGCCAACUAUGGCCGAACAGAUGACAAGAUCUGUGACUCAGACCCAGCCCAAAUGGAAAACACACGAUGCUACCUACCUGAUGCUUACAAGAUCAUGUCCCUCAGAUGUAACAAUCGUACCCAAUGUGCAGUGGUGGCAGGCCCUGAUGUUUUCCCUGAUCCCUGCCCAGGCACCUACAAAUACCUGGAAGUCCAGUACGAGUGUGUUCCGUACAAAGUGGAACAAAAAGUUUUUCUGUGUCCUGGCAUUCUACGAGGAGUCUACCAAAAUGAACAUCUCUUUGAGUCUGACCACCAGUCAGGCGCGUGGUGCAAAGACCCCCUUCAAGCCUCCGAUAAGAUAUACUAUAUGCCAUGGACUCCAUAUCGCACUGACACACUUACAGAGUAUUCAUCAAAAGAGGACUUCAUCGCAGGCCGGCCGACCACCACAUACAAACUGCCUCAUCGAGUGGAUGGGACCGGUUUUGUUGUUUACGAUGGGGCGCUAUUCUUUAACAAGGAGCGCACCCGAAACAUUGUGAAGUUUGACCUGCGCACCCGCAUCAAAAGUGGAGAGGCAAUUAUUGCGAAUGCCAACUACCAUGACACCUCACCAUACCGUUGGGGGGGCAAGUCGGACAUCGACCUUGCUGUGGAUGAGAAUGGACUGUGGGUGAUCUAUGCAACAGAGCAGAACAAUGGACGCAUUGUUGUGAGCCAGCUCAACCCUUACACCCUACGCAUUGAAGGGUCCUGGGACACCAGCUACGAUAAGCGCUCUGCCUCCAAUGCCUUCAUGAUCUGCGGAGUCUUGUACGUUGUCAAAACUGUCUAUGAAGACGAUGACAAUGAAGGGACGGGGAACAAGAUUGACUACAUGUACAAUACUGACAAGAGCAAGGAAAUGACAGUGAACAUACCAUUCCCUAAUUCCUACCAGUAUAUAGCUGCAGUGGAUUACAACCCAAGAGACAACCUGCUGUACGUAUGGAAUAACUACCAUGUGGUCAAGUACUCACUGGACUUCGGCAACAAUGACUUCCGUCCACCUCCCGUGAUGCCACCAAAUCGAGGAGGACAAGGAGGAGGUUCAGUGGGUGGGGGAGGUUCCUCCUCCUCAACCAGCCGCUCCACCACCACACGUUCUCCUCCCUACUACACCACUCCAAGGCCUCUCCUCACCACCUCCCCCGGCCAGCGGUAUCGCACAACCACCACAGUCCGUCAGCCCAUCAUCCCCGUCGCUGCCGGAGGCUCCCCUUCCGACAACAACCAGAUUCCUGACUCCAGUCAGAAAGGGGGGAGAUCUCCACCGGUUCAAGUCCCUCCUGCACCUCCACAGCCCCCUGUUAUUCUUCCCCAGGACUUCUGCAGUCCAAGGGUGAUGGCUGACAUAUCAUGGCCACGCACGCAGCAGGGUCAGACAGCCAAGCAGCCCUGUCAUGUAGGGACGCUAGGCGUGGCUACAUACGUCUGUGUGGCCCAUUUGGGCCAAUGGGACCCCCAAGGCCCUGAUCUCAGCAACUGCACAUCACCAUGGGUCAACCACAUCAUGCAGAAGCUUCGCUCAGGCGAGACAGCGGCGAUCGUGGCCAGGGAGCUGGCAGAGCAGACCAAAGGCCUUCUGCGUCCUGGUGAUGUGCCAUCGACAGUGAGAGCCAUGGCUCAGCUAGUUGAACUGCUGGAUGUCCAGCUCAGAAACCUCACCCCUGGAGGCAAGGACAGCGCUGCUCGGAGCUUGACUAAGCUUCAGAAGAGAGAAAGGUCCUGCAGGUUUUUCACACAGGCGAUGGUGGAGACGGUAAACAAUUUGCUGCAUCCGAGAGCCCAGCCGGCGUGGAGGGAGCUGCCCACCAGCGAGCAGGUGCACUCAGCCACUCUGCUCCUCGACACCGUGGAAACCGGCGCUUUUAUGUUGGCUGACAACCUGCUGAAGACCGACACCGUGCAGGAGACCACUGACUACAUUCAGCUGGAGGUAGCCAGGCUGAGCACAGAUGGGAACCUUGCAGAUCUGACGUUCCCUCAGUCAGAAAAACAUGGAAACUCCAUCCAGCUGUCAGCCAGCACUCUCAAACAGCACGGCAGAAACGGGGAGAUCAGGAUGGCGUUUGUGCUGUACACAAACUUGGGUUCCUACCUGUCAACAGAGAACGCCAGUGUCAGACUAAACAGCGAGGCCCUCUAUCCGAAUUACUCGGUCAUCGUCAACUCGCCGGUCAUCACAGCGUCGAUUAACAAGGAGAGCAACAAGGUUUACCUGUCUGAGCCUGUGGUGUUCACCGUCAAACACCUACAGCAUUCGGAAAAGAAUUCCAAUCCCAACUGCUCUUUCUGGAGCUACUCCAAGCGCACCAUGACGGGAUUCUGGUCCACACAAGACUGCCGACUGCUAGCCACCAAUCGCACACACACCAGCUGCUCCUGCACCCACCUCACCAGCUUUGCGGUGCUCAUGGCCCACGUGGAGGUCAAGAAAUCAGACAGCAUGCCCAACAUGCUCCGGGAUGUCAUCACGUGGGUGGGGAUCCUGUUGUCGCUGGUUUGCCUGCUCAUCUGCAUCUUCACCUUCUGCUUCUUCAGAGGGCUGCAGAGCGACCGCAACACCAUUCACAAGAACCUCUGCAUUAGCCUGUUCAUCGCCGAGUCGCUGUUUCUGGUCGGGAUCAACAAGACCGAUCAGCCGAUCGUCUGUGCAGUCUUUGCAGCCCUGCUCCAUUUCUUCUUCUUGGCAGCGUUCACCUGGAUGUUCUUGGAAGGGGUGCAGCUCUACAUCAUGCUGGUCGAGGUGUUUGAGAGUGAACACUCCAGGACUAAGUACUUCUACCUGGCAGGAUACGGAGUGCCAGCUGUCAUAGUGGCCGUCUCUGCUGCCGUGGACUAUAGGAGCUACGGCACCGACCAAGUAUGCUGGCUGCGGCUGGAUACAUACUUCAUUUGGAGCUUCAUAGGGCCCGCUACUCUCAUCAUUAUGCUGAACGUGAUCUUCCUCGGCAUCGCGCUGUACAAGAUGUUCCAUCACACGGCCAUCCUCAAACCAGACUCCGGGUGUCUGGACAACAUCAAGUCUUGGGUGAUCGGUGCCAUUGCGUUGCUGUGUCUGCUGGGCCUGACCUGGGCUUUUGGCCUGAUGUACAUCAACGAGAGCACCGUGAUCAUGGCCUACCUUUUUACUGUCUUCAACUCUCUGCAGGGCAUGUUCAUCUUCAUCUUCCACUGCAUCCUUCAGAAAAAGGUGCGCAAAGAGUACGGCAAGUGCCUGCGCACUCACUGCUGCAGCGGCAAGAGCGUGGAGACCUCCAUCUCCUCCUCCAGCAAGACCACCACCUCUCGGACCCCAGGCCGCUACUCCACAGGCUCACAGGUGAGCUUACCUGCCUGCACCCCCGGACGCUACAGCACAGCAGACUCUCAGAGUCGAAUCAGACGGAUGUGGAACGACACUGUGAGGAAACAGGAGUCCUCCUUCAUCACUGGAGACAUCAACAGCUCUGCCACACUCAACAGAGGAGCCAUGGCUAAUCAUCUUAUAACUAAUGCUCUCCUUCGUCCCCAUGGUACUAACAAUCCCUAUAACACUCUCCUGGGGGACUCUGCAGUCUAUAACAACCCAGCCGUGGGCAUGUACAACACCCAAGCUCCCUACCGAGACACAAAGGGCAUCCUGAACAACGCCAGAGACACGAGCGUUAUGGACACGCUUCCUCUUAAUGGCAAUCAUGCCAACAACUUCAGCAUGGCCAGCAGCGAGUACUUGAGCGACUGCGUUCAGAUACUGGAUCGCAGCAGCGGUGGCUACGGCACCCACAGUAACCACAAGGAGACAACGCUGGAGAAGAAGAUCCUCAAGGAGCUGACCUCCAACUACAUCCCACCGUACCUCAAUAACCAUGAGCGAGCUACCGUAGAGCGCAGUCACAACCUGAUGAACAAGCUGGUCAACAGCAGUAUGGCCAAUGGAGGGAGUUUGGCCGGGGGCAGCAGCAGCAGCAGUGCGAUCGGUGGCUGCAGUAAAGAGGACAACAGCCCCAUGGUGCUGGACAACCCUGCAACCUUUCCUCACGAGGAGAACCUCGGUCUGGAGAUCAUCAGAGAGGAGUCCAACGCGCCGCUCCUGCCGCCAAGGCCUCCCCCGCCAGACAGCCACCCCCCACCUCCGCCUCCUCCUCACAGCUUCUCCAGGCAGCGGCGCAUUGCCCAGGAACCCAGCGAGAGCUUCUUCCCCCUGCUGACCAAUGAGCACACUGAUGAGCACACACACUCGCCAAACCACAGAGACUCGCUGUACACGAGCAUGCCAGUGCUGACGGACCUCCCGGAUGGGCAGAUGAACGGGUUAACAGACGGAGAGGAGGACAGCUCCGGGGAGCUUCAGCCCUGUAAGAGCGCCACCGCUCCAGAGCUGGAUGAUGUCUACUACAAAAGCAUGCCAAACCUGGGCUCUAGGAACCACCUCCACGAGCUGCAGAACUACUACCACAUGGGCCGCGGUGGCAGCGACGGGUAUAUGGUGUCUGGGAGCAAAGAGGAGUCCGACUCGUCUCCGGAGGAGCCCCCAGUGGACCCUUCUCACCUUGUUACCAGUCUAUAGAGCCAACUGAGACCUCUGUUCCUCUUGAACCCAAUUCCACACUUUUAGAGUUGCAAUGAAGACUUUCUGUGUUGUUGACUGGCAGACGGAGCUGACCCGUCCCUGGAUUGAUACACUGUGUGAUCUGAACAAUGGUUAAAGACGAUGCGUUUGAGCUGUCACUGGUCAAAUAGGAGGAAGGAGUGAAUGUAACAAAAUAACUGGUUCUUUAAGACACUUCGUGAGCACCAAACAGGACGUUUUAACUCGGAAAGUGGAGGGAUUCCGAAAUGCUUUCAGGUUGGAAUCUUGGACAGAUUAAUGCCCUGCAAGAUCCCAGUUGUGGACUUCUAGCAGAUCCUAGCGUAUAGUCUCCACCGCUACACGGGGAGGGCUUGGGGCCCCAGAGCAGCGUGUCUGUCAAACUUUUAAGACCUGGAUGAUGUGUUCACCUCUCUGAAAGUUAGAGCAGGACCUUCAACUCUUGUGUUCAUGAUAUAAACUCCCCCCAAAGAGGCACCACCUACCUGCCAAUCAAGUGAAGGGUGUAUUAUAUAUAUGUCCUCGCUGUCAAUCAUCCAAUUACAGCCCCAUAUCGUUCAGGCAGUCAACUGUGCCCACAUCACACCGAUGUUCUGAACAAUUUUCCUGUUUGUAUCUCCUAAACUGGAAUUGUGUCUGGGCUGGUGUAACAUUCCUGCGAGUUGCGGUGACUACGGUUGCUGUGUGUUCCACUGAAAACAACGACAGAACAUCCUACCUAAUUCUAACUGACUGAACUAAAACGAGGGAAGAAAAAAAUGUUGGGUUGCAUUUAUUUUCCUCUCUUCUGUAAAGGUUUUCAGUCAUCAAGGAAUUAUGAGAAAUCACAAACUCUUUAUGUAUUGUACAUAAUACAGAUACAAAUGUUGCAUAUGACCAAGUCUUUUAUUUUUGAAAUUUCUGACUUCUUUUGUCUCGGGGAACUGUUCUGAAAUGUCACAAUAUAUUCAGGUCAUGGACUGACCGCCGAAGGAGCAAAGAACAAUUUUUGUCAUCAUUUAUUUCGUAAAUACGACAAAGCACUCCUGAAUUAUUAUGCAUAUACCCCACGCACACGGCAUCCUGGUCCUUUUAUAGCAACACCACUGUCACAUUUUACAAAUAAGUUCUUACUAUAUACUUUACCACUGUGUAAAAUGAAAACUAAAGGGAUCAAAUGAAGUUGUCUCAUGGUGAAGGGGGAGGUUUCUGUCAGGGAGGAGCCUGGAUUAUAAAGUUGGACCUAACAGACUAAGUCAGGAAAAUAGAAGGUUUUAUAAAUUAUGUCAUCUCUAUUGCCAAGUUUUUAAAUGGUCACAUUGUCCUUCCCAGAUCUUAUUAAAGGAGAAAGAAUAAAAAUAGCUGUUAUUGAGAAGAUCUUACCUGUGAAAGUCAUAGUUUCACCUUUAGGUGAACUAAAGAUGAAAAGUCUCCUGGCACACGACAGCACUGUCCAAUAUGGAAAGCCAAUGUUUACUAAAUAAAGGAGGGAAGAUUAAUAAGUGUAUGAAGUGUAGCUUGCACAUGUAUCCCACAAACCCCUUCCAUGCCCCCAAGAGAGAAAUUAUUUAUUUAUCUGUUUUUUGGUUUAAAGAACAAAAAACAAGCUUAGAGGAAAGAAAGCUGGCCGUAGACAGAUGGAUGAAAACGUGGAACUGGGUUUGUUUUUGGUUUCUUUUUUCCUUUAAAUUAUUAUGAUCAUGGUUAUUAUUACAAUAUUAAUGACAAUUAUUUAUUCUUUUUUUAUGGGUUCCAAGUUGAAUGAUCUCAUAACUAAUAUUUGUUGUAACAGUGAAAGUUGUUUGCCAACAAAUAAAUUACUGACAUAG